CGCUGCUAGCUGACGAAAUUGUUGACAAGAGAUUAAAAGCCGCAAAAAAGGGAGUGACAGCUAGGUUACAAACAAAAUAUUUUCUUUCCAAUAUUUUUCCACUUUAAGUUUACAUCAUUACAAAUGGCUAAAAACACUUCAAGUUCUGCCUUUCGCAAGAUUGAUGUUGACCAAUAUAAUGAAGACAACUACAAAGAGGAUGAUUGUGGUGAAUCACAGUCGCCUCCGGUCGGACCAGAUGAGAAAGAAAUUACCAACUUUAUCAAUCAGGGGAAGAACAUUGAAGCCCUGAAGACAGUCUUGAGGAACGCACCCAUCUCAUCACGGAAUCAGAUGGUCAAGGAUGCAGCCCUGAAUGUAGUAAUGCAAGUACUGCUCUCCAUGAAAUCUUCCCAGAUAGAGGAGGCAGUUAAUGCCCUUGAUCGUGAUCAACUUGAUAUCCUGAUGAAGUAUAUUUACAGAGGCUUUGAAACACCAUCAGAAGGUUCUAGCGGCCAGUUGCUGGCAUGGCACGAAAAAGUCCACGCUGUUGCUGGAGUCGGUUGCAUUGUUAGAGUUCUAACCGACAAGAAAUGAGUGUGAACAACCUAUCCUUUCUGCUGUCUUUAUAUAUAGAACAUUUUAAUACAUGUCCAUCUUCCUUAACUCAAAA